AUGGCCUCCAAUCACGUGCAUCUCGAUGAUCACCACGCCGGCCAGCAGAGCAACAUGUUCGCCCGGCCCGAGCUGAACGCAUUUGAUAACUUGUUCUCCAAUGCCCACGCCGACCAGACCUUUGACGCCGGCGCCUGGAAUUUUGAGCAGCAGGGCGCGCCGCCGCAGCAGUGGCAGCAGCAGCCUCACCAGCAGCCCAUGCCUGCCACUUUCGACUCCAGCGGCGCCUUCUACGGCGGCCGCGAUUUCUCCAACAGCCCCGCCCCCUACGGCGGUCAGACUUUUGCCCACCAGCAGCAGUUCCAGUCAAAUAACCUGGAUCCUGCCUUAAUGUCCACCGCCACUGCUGAGCAUCCCAACUUCAACAACACCAACAUGCGCAUGUACGCAAACUCGGCCGCGCAAGCCAACACUAUUGCCCCGCAAGCUCUGCGCCAGGCCUCCUACAGUUCUAGCACGCCCCCCGUGGCCGACUUCCAGCAGAAUCAGCAGCGGCAGAACAAUGCAAGCCAGCAGCAAACCCUAGCCAGCACCCCGCCCGCUGCUGCGCCAGCAUACAUUCCCGCACCCCCUGCUAAGUAUCCUGAUGCUCCUGCCGGCAAGCCGUCGGGCAAGUUUUACAUCAUCGAUGCCAAUGAGCUCGCCGCAAACACGAACUCGGUGCGCUUGCACGAGUUCCUGUACAUUGGCAAUGAUGCCGUUGAAAUGCCGAUCAUGAAGUCAUCGCUGCCGCAGUACCAGGCUCGCAAAUCUCGCAACGAACUGAGGAAGCUGGCGGCCAACGACGAGAGAUUACGGGCCAAGAUCGCGAAGGCUUCGAAGAAGGCCAAGACGCCCGCCGCCAAGGUUGCGCGCACCAGACCAGUUUCUUAUGGAUCACCUUCAAGUGUGAAGGAUGAGAUUUCCGAUUCCUCAAGUGAGACGGAGACUUCGGAGGAUGAUUCUGAUUACGAGUCUUCUGAUGAUGAGACGCCUGAGCCCUCACCUUUGCCUAGCACUCGCCCCGUCGAAGCCCUUCCUGCCAUGAGAUACGACACUAUCAAGGCCACCUGGAGGCCACGUAACCUGCCUGUUACAGCUGAUGAGAUUAGAGCAGCAUUAAAGGAUUACUGGGAUAUCCUCCAGGCCGUCCGCAACAGAUGGAAAGAGGACUCGGCGGCGUUGAAGCAAGCGCAGGAGAAGAACUCUAGAGACAUAGAGCUGCUCAAGGGCAGAGUCAAGGACCAGCGUUCCUUGAUGGAGAUGGCCCUGAAAUCCGCGCUUGAGCAUGGACACCCAGAUGUGAUCAGAGUACUCGGAGGCAACGCGCCCCUCCUGUUCCUCGCAUACCAGUUCUUGGCAGACCGUAUUAGAGAGAAUGAAUACAACGACUCUUUCUCUAAGGCUAUAAUCGAGUUGCUCUCUCGCAGCGAGAACAUCACCAUGGAACACAUUGAGCGCACCAAACUUAACACCGCCUUGAAGCGUUAUCUCAACAGGGGAGAUGACCGCACCAAGCCGCAGGCGGAGAAGAUCCUAGAGCGGGCUCAAACAAACUCGAAGAAGUCUGGCGCUGCCACUACCAACGGCGCAUCCGAAAAGAAGGUGGAGGUCAAGAAGGAAGCAGAAGCUUCCAAAGAGCCGGGUGCGCGACCGCAGCCUCCGGUUGUCGCUGGCGUCAAACGGCCCCGUCCUGGUGACAGUUCCGCCCAACAGCCAGCCAAGAAGACAAGUUCCGCAGCAGCACCCUCGUCGACUGCCACUGCUGGUGUCAAGACCGCUGCCUCUGGGUUGAAGAAGCCUGGUGCUACAACCACAACUGGCUCAGCGAAUGGCGCAGCAUCGGCGGCAACCAAGCCCAAGAUGGUCUCAAAGCCCAACAUGUUCGCGGGACUUCAGUCUGCAUCAAAGCGGUCCAAUGCCACUGUCCAGAAGCCCACUGCUGGAACGACUGCAGCACCGAAGAAACCUGCCGCCCCUGCUCCUGCUGCACCAAGGUUUUCUUUUGCCGAGACCAUGGCUAAUCUGACCAAGCCAAAGGAGCAGCAGCCUGCCUCAAAACCAGAGGAGAACCGCCCGCCUGAGACAGAAGAGGAGAAGGCGAAACGCCUCAGGAAAGAAGAGCGCCGCAAGCUGCGGGUGAAGUGGGCUGACAACGGCAUUGGAAACAAAGACCAACUUGAGUCUGUCCGUCUUUUCACCCACGAUCCUGAGGAGGAGCUUGGCCACGAUGCAGCCAUGGUUCGUGACGUAGCCGACGUCGGCGGCGAAGGACGCAUGUUCAAGCAGCACAAGGACAUGAUGGACUUGGACGAUGAUGAUGAUCGCCCAAGUGAGGAAGACUUCCGUCCCUGGCGCACGCCUUCGCUUGUCGACUUUAGCACCGUUCCGGAAUCCGAACGAGAACGCAAUUACGAGCCAUAUGGCGGAGGAACCCUCCCGGUCGACUCAGCCGAGAAGGCGGUUCAGGAACAACACGAGGCAAACACCCUUCUCGUCUUCUACCCCUCACCCGGCGAUAUCCCACUUUGCCCACGUGAGCCUCCGGAGGACGAACAGCAACCUCACACUGACGCAAAGGCACCCAUGUCUAUCGGUGUGCCUCCCGACGAUUCGCCUUACACACGGCGCGCUCCGCGCUACGACCCUACUCCACAACCCGCUGCCCCCGCAGACAUUCCAAUGCCCGACCUAAGCAGCAUCAUGUCGAUUCUUAGUCGAACUCAACAGCAACAGGCACCGACACCGCCGCAACCACCGCAGCUACCCCAGCCUGCGCCCCAGACCAGCGAGCUUGAAAAGACCUUCUCGAUGUUCAUGCCCCAGCAGCAGCAGCCGCCGCCGCAGGUGUCGCAGCCCCAGGCGCCUGCUCCCGCCGCACCGGCCGUCGAUAUCCAAGCCAUCCUUGCCAGCCUCAACAAUCUCAAUGGGCAGUCACAACAAGCCCCGCAACCCCCGCAGCCCCCGCAGCAGGCCCCGCCUGCUCCAUUCCCGAGCAUGAAUGCAAACCCUGGCGGUGGCUCUGGUUUCGACCUUGCAGCGAUUCUCCAGAGUGUUGGCAAUGGCGGUGCACCUCCUGCUGUCCCGGCCUUCGGCAUGCCUUUGCCAAAUCAACAGGCACAACAGCAACACCCCCACCAACCCCUACCAUCGCAGUCGGAGAUGUUCCAAGAGGAACGCAGCAAGCGCCAGCGCGGCAACGACGACCACGGAGGCGAGCGCGGCUGGGGCAGCAACCGCCGCAACAAGAAGUGGAAGAACAAGAACAACCCGGAUUACCAACCACCGCAAUUCGUGGUUCCAUGCAAGUUCUGGAAGGAGGGAAAGUGCAUGAAGGGAGACAAGUGUCCUGUACACUCUUCCUCUCCUGCCUCUACCAAGCCUCCCACUGCCACUGCCUCACCACCUCCUACCGCUCCUACUGCCCCGAAGAGCAUGACGUCACUGCCUCAGGGUGGUGGUGGAGGAAAGAAAAAGAAAAGGAAGAAGGGAAAAAGGUACAUGGACAGAGAUGCGAACGGUGGCGAUCUCGGAGCCGGCAUCAUGGAUGACUAA